UGGACACCUUGUUUGUGGUAAAGAUAUGGCUCUUGCUGAAACCAUUUGGGACUACAUGAGAAUGGAUCAUACAGUUACACAAAAGUGUGACGUGUUACUAUGCCUCGGAAGUUACGACAUUCGAGUAGCCGAGAAGUCUGCGUCACUAUGGUUACAGGGCUUUGGUGACGUCAUAGUGUUUUCAGGAAACACUGGAAAACUCACUGAAGGCAUUUGGGAUAAACCUGAGGCUGAGGUAUUCAGAGAUAGAGCAGUAGAGUUGGGCGUCCCUGCAGGAAAAUGUCUGGUAGAAAAUUCUUCAACGAACACGGGUGAAAAUGUUCAACUAUCCUACAAAAUUUUAAAGGAAAGACAUUUGUUACCCACUUCGGUAUUAAUCGUUCAGAAACCGUACAUGGAAAGACGCGCUUAUGCUACGUUUUUGAAACAAUGGCCCGGUGACGUCAGCAGUAUUACGGUGUAUGUGACGUCACCGGAAUUAAAUCUGGCCAAUUAUCCAAGCGAAACCACUGGAAGCCUUCAAGAUGUUAUAAGUGUUAUGUUGGGGGACAUGGCGAGAAUUAAGCUGUAUGAAGAGAAGGGGUUUCAGGUUCACCAAGAUAUUCCAGAGAAUGUACAACAAGCGUUUGACCAACUGGUCGCAACCGGAAAAUAUCUAAGUCACAUGCCGUCUUGAUUAUGAUACAAUUGCGCAUGAAACACUUGUGUAUACACGUCUUGCGUUUCAGUAUACGAGUUUAAGAUUCCAUUGCUAUUUAAGGUACUACAUCCAUUAUUGGUACAAAAAAUGU